AUGAGACCGUUAAUAGCCUUGCUCACGAACCAAAAGGUGUUGCUCUUGCUCACGGCCUUUGUUGUAUUUUCUGGACUGUUCAGUACGGCAGCCGUUGCGCGGGGGGGUGACCAGGUGUUUGGGUUUGGGGGUUCGCAGCAGCAGCAGCAGCAACAGCCACAAGCACAACAUGAGCAGGCACCAAUAUCACAGGCCAAGCCGGGGCCGAAGCCGAAUCCCAAGUCGAGCCGGCCGGCUGCGGACUCGAUGCCGGAGUACAAGUAUUUCCAGGAGGCUGGGGGGUCGAUGGAGCUUACUCACUACGAUGCCCGUUUCUUUCAGGGCACAGUUCCCUACGAUGAGCACCGUGAAAUCCUGACCCAGCUCAUCCGCUCUUACCUAACGACCUUCCGGCAGCUGGGCCUCGAAACCUGGCUGGCGCACGGCACGCUGCUGGGGUGGUGGUGGAACGGCCGGAUCCUGCCGUGGGAUUUCGACGUUGACGCCCAGGUCAGCGCCGAGACGCUCGAGCUGCUGAUCCGCCGGCCCCAGGACACCUACCACCACCCAACCUACACGCACUACAACCAAACCAUCCACUCCCACACCUCCACCAACCCCCUCACAGGCCACAAACAACACCGUUCCUACCUCCUCGACGUCAACCCCUUUGCCGGCAAGUUAUCCCGCGGCCGCGGCGAGAACGUCAUCGACGCCCGGUGGAUCGACAUGCAAACGGGCAUGUUUGUGGAUAUCACGGCGGUGGUGGAGAGGGAGCCACACCGGAGACCGGGGGUGGUGAGUUGUAAGAAUUUUCAUCGGUAUAAGGCAGAAAGGGAGUUGUUUCCGUUGCGGGAGAGUGAGUUUGAGGGGACGGCGGCGAUGGUGCCGUGGGAUUUUGAGGGGGUUUUGGUCGGGGAGUAUGGGGAGAAGAGUUUGGUUGUUGCUGAGUGGGAAGGACACAAAUGGGAUCCCGCCCUCAAAGAAUGGAUCCGAAAGCCCUCAACCGCAAAACCAGGAACCGCAAAAUGGAACGGCCCAGUAGAUCUCGGACAACUAGGGAAACCACAGGAGGAAGAAGAACCAAAACAACAACAAGACAAGACGGAAACUACAAACUCAAACACAAACAUAGCCGGGAAACAACGGGAUAAAGCCACGGCUUAA